AUGAACGCUUUCCGCGUUAGGCACCUUGAACAAGCCCUCCAGCUAUACUACGCGCCGCACACCACUGGCCACCUCCCUCUGGAUUUGUUCUUGCGGCACUACUACAAAUGCAACAAGAGCGUCGGCAGCCAAGACAAGAAGUUCAUUACGCAGCACAUCUACCAGAUCGUCAAGUGGAAAGGACUCCUUGACCACGUGACCCCGCCGCCAGCUUCUUGGUCCAGCCGGAUCCGCACUUACUUCGUCUCGGACAGAUGGAAGCUCCAGACACAAAAUGAGAAACUCCCGCCUUCAACGCGAACUUCUUUCCCUCCCGAUUUAUUCAAUCGCAUUCAAAACGCCUACGGCACUGCCAAAGCCAUUCAUAUUUGCAACACGCUGAACGAAGAGGCCCCCACUUACCUGCGGACGAACACUCUGGCCAUAACUCGCGACCGCCUUUACAACUACCUUUUGAACAAGGGCAUAGCUGUGGAAAAAAGCCCCAAUUCCCCUUACGCGUUGGUUCUUCCCCAGCGCCAACGUCUUGGGGAUUUGCCAGAGUUCCACAGGGGGUAUUUCGAGAUCCAGGAUGAGGCCAGUCAGCUGGCAGCUCUUAAAGUUGAAGUAAAGCCCGGCGACAAAGUUUUGGACUACUGCGCAGGCAGUGGAGGAAAGAGUUUGGCAUUUGGCCCGCAAAUGAUGAACAAGGGGAAGAUCUACUUGCACGACGUGCGGGAACGCAUGCUGCAGGAGGCGAAGAAGAGGCUCAAAAGAGCGGGAAUUACAAACUACACCAUUGUCGAGCCGGGAAACCCCACUCUGUCCAAACUUCUUGGGGCAAUGGACUGGGUUGUCUGUGAUGUUCCUUGUUCCGGGACGGGCGCCCUGCGGCGAAAUCCUGAAAUGAAGUGGAAAUAUAAGGACGAGAAGCUCAUGGACUUCGUUGCACUGCAACGGCACAUCUUCAGCAGCGCCCUUCAAUAUGCGAAGCCGAAGACAGGGAAAAUCGUUUACAUCACUUGCAGCAUCUUGGACGAGGAAAACGUUCACCAGGCUAAAUUCUUCUGUCAAAAACAUGGUCUGGUGUUGACAGAACCGCCGUUCCACUCACUUCCGACCUCACAUGGGAUGGACGGCUUUUUCUGUGCAAUAUUUUCUCGGCCUUGA